AUGAGGCAAAGCUCUGUUGUUCCAUCCAUUGUCAAUCGUGUAUGGCGAGAUCUGAUCCAUAAUCCUUUACAUUUGAUAUUCUCAGUAGAUGUUCUUGGUAUGACAAGCUCAACAUUGGCUUCUUUAAGUAAAGGCUUUGCUGAGCUGUCAACAGAUGGGCAGUUUCUGCAAUUACGUAUGAAGCAGGUAUGGUCUAGAAGAAUAACUGGGGUUGGUGACGGUAUUCUUCAAGGAACUGAAGCCCUUGCUAAAGGGUUUGCUUUCGGCGUGUAUGGGGUUGUAACAAAGCCUGUUGAGAAUGCAAGGCAAAAUGGUCUUCUCGGUUUUGCUCAUGGGCUGGGACAAGCUUUCCUAGGGUUCAUUGUUCAACCAGUUAGUGGAGCAUUGGAUUUUUUCUCACUAACAGUAGACGGAAUUGGUGCAAGUUGUACUAGGUGUUUAGAAGUCUUUAAUAACAAGACCGCCUUCCAAAGAAUCAGAAACCCUCGUAAGCAGUGCGGCAGAUAUGUUGAGAAUCUAGGUGUUUGCACGAUGGUGAUGAAAUUGAUAUAUGAUUUUUAUGAUUGUAUGGAUGAUGAGGUAAACAAGUGGUUGCAAAUCCACCAACAGUACUUCGAAAGAUUGUUGAGGCGAGAUUGGCAGAGGAAAAAUGAAAAGGAAGACAUCUUCUUCGAUCUAGAAAGUUAA